AUGACAGAAGCGUCAGCAACUACAUACGAGCCGACAGCGUCCAACUACACUGCCUCGACGUCUACACUUAUCGAAUCUUCUACGACCUACCAUGUGGACAAGUCAGGACGCGAUUUGGACGAUGACGACGAUGAUAACGACGAAGAUGACGAUGAAAAGUUAUUCGCUGAACUCGAUAAGGAGCUCGAUAUGAUGGAGGACGAAUCAAAUUUCGGUCAUCAUGGCGGCGAUACCGUUGCUAGCUUUGACAUGGCCGAGUUCAGAGAGCGCAGAAUGGAGGAGCUUCGACAAGAAAUUGCAGCACAAAGGUCCGCCUCUGACUCGGAAUCUCCCCUCUCUUCCAUACAACACACUACGACUGCAUCGAUGAAAGGUCUACUGACCGAGAUCACCAACGAGAAGGACCUGAUCAGCUUCUCAUCAACCGAAAGACAAGUAGCGAUCCACUUUUUUCAUCCCAAAUUCCAGCGUUGCUCUCUGCUGGAUCGACAUCUCACCGUGCUCGCACGCCUGCACCCGACGACACUGUUCCUCAAAGCAAACGUUCUCAACUGUCCCUUUUUAACGCAAAAGCUCAACGUCUCGGUCCUACCUUGUCUGAUCACUUUCAAAGAUGGGAUCAGUAAGGACAAGAUUGUCGGUUUCGAAGAACUCGGUAACUCGGACAAGUUUUCGACGGGCGCGUUGGAGUGGAGGCUCGGCCAGAGCGGCAUCAUUGAUCCGAGAGAGAACAGGAAGCCCAUCUUUGGAUUUAGUGAGAGCAAUGGUGGAGGCGAUACCGUGGGUAAAGGGGUGGUUGGGGCCAGGAAGGACAUUGAGGAUGACUUUUGGGACGAUGAGUAA